CCCCCUUCCCACCCCCUCGGGGAAGAUGCAGAAAGGCUGGAAGAAGUACUUUGGCCAGAAGUCCCUCAGCGAGGUCACCAUGGACGAGUACCUCGCCACCCUGGGGCUGUGCCGCAAGCUCACGGCCAAAGAUGCCUCUUGUCUCUUUCGGGCUGUUUCAGAGCAGUUGUUUUCUUGUCAGAUUCAUCAUAUGGAAGUCAGAAAGGCUUGUGUGGUGUUUAUGAGGCAACACCAACUCAACUUUGAGUCUUAUGUGGAAGGGUCAUUUGAAAAAUACCUGGAACGGCUGGGAGAUCCAAAGGAAAGUGCUGGCCAACUGGAAAUCAGUGCACUAUCGCUGAUGUAUAAUCACGACUUUAUUUUGUACCGGUACCCUGGAAAGCCACCCACCUAUGCUACAGACAAUGGCUUUAAAGAUAAGAUUUUGCUGUGUUGUUCCGGCAAUGGCCAUUAUGACUCUGUGUAUACAAAACAAUUUCAGGCAGAUGCCGCUGUUUGCCAGGCUGUGUUGUAUGAGAUGCUGUACAAAGAUGUGUUUGCCAUGGAUGAAGAAGAAUUGAGAAGUGCAGUGGAGAUGUUUCGAAGUGGGUCCAAGAAGAACAGAAACAGUGUCUCUGUUGGAAGCGAGGAUACAAACUUUGAUUGCCUCCCUGAGAAGGCCUCCAAAAGCUCAUCAGAAAAGAGAGUGGAAGACUGGGAAGGCAAUGAUACUGACAACUCGCCUGAAGAUAAAUACAAACAAGGCACUGAAGAGGCAAAGCCUCCAGAAAAUCCAUCAAAGAUGCCUUUUCCUUAUAAGGUGCUAAAAGCCCUGGACCCUGAGAUAUAUCGAAAUGUAGAGUUUGAUGUUUGGUUGGACAGCAGAAAAGAACUUCAAAAAACUGAUUUCAUGGUGUUUGCUGGGAGACAGUACUAUUUAGGAGACAAGUGUCAGGUGCGUCUGGAGUCAGGAGGUAAGUAUUACAAUGCUCAUAUCCAGGAAGUCGGACAGGAUGGAAACACAGUCACUGUGUUCAUUGAAGAGCUGGCAGAAAAGCAUACUGUUCCAUUGGCAAGCUUAAAACCAGUGACACAAGUGACACCUAUCCCUGCAUGGAACGUAGUUCCCAGCAGAAAAGGAGGAAACUAUCAGAAAAUAACAGGUGGAUACAUCUCAGAAAUAGAAAUGGAUAUGAAGACACGGAAGAGGUUGCUUAAGAAAGUCCGUGGAAAGGAAGUGUAUAUGGCUGUGGCCUACAGUAGAGGCCAGCCAGUUCUUCCACCUAGGAUGCAGCACAGUGUUCCUUCAGGACGCUCUUCUCCAAUACAUUGCUCCCAGCCUGGGAACAUGGCGCCGUAUGAACAGUACCGUCCGCAGACUUCUCCUCAGAGGCAUGGCAGGGGCUAUGGAAUGCCAAGGGGAUCUGCCCGAUUUAUAAACAGGCACAACAUGGUUGGCCCUCAAAUAGCAUUCUACCCCAGUCCAGGAAAGAGAUGUUAUCAGAGUUAUGACAAUUUCUCCUACAGGUCCCGUUCAUACAGUCGAAGUCGCCGGCAGAUGCAGUGUGUGAAUAAGGAAUGUCAGUAUGGAUUUGUACCAGAGAAUGGAGAAGAGCCUCAAGGUUUGGAAGAAACCAUAACUUUCUAUGAAAUUGAAGAAGGGGAUGAAACGGCGUUUCCUGCUUUACCAAGCCAGGGUGGUCCUGCUCCCAUGGUUCCUGCUUCUGCAGGAUUCUGGGUGACAAGAAGAGGUCCAGGGCCCAUUCCACCCAGUAAACAGACUCUGAAUUCCUCAGAAGAAGAAGUGGAUGAACCAAGUGAUAAUGGGGAAUUUCAUGAAGAAUAUAUAUAUACACCAUCAGAUCCUGACUGUGAAACGCCAACAGUUUUUAAUUCAGCAGAGUCUACUGCAAACUUGGAUGGAGGCUCAGGCUCAGUCUCGCCUCAAGAUGGAGUUGCUUCAUAUAAUUAUUCUCAGAAGGUGAUGGUGAAUUCUUCAGUAAUCUCUACCUCUGCUUGUAUUAAUACUGCUCCAGCUACAGUCUUCUCCUCCAACAAUGCAGCAACUACUCAAGCCAAUGUAACCACAUCUGUUCCCCCACAGACAGCAGUGCAGCCAAUCCUAGUAUCUCCUUCUGCAGGAAGGCCAGUAGUAACACUCUCUUCAGUGCCAUACUCCUAUCAUCCAGCUCCACCUCCUCCAGUUAGUGAGGUGGGAGAUGCUAGCAAUGUUCCUCCACCUUACUCUUGUGAUCCCAGUGGCAAUGAUCUACCUCGAGAUACAAAGAUUUUGCAGUAUUAUUUUAAUCUGGGAUUGCAGUAUUAUCAUCAGAGCUGCUGGCACUCCAUGGUAUACAUGCAACAGGUACCACCGCCACCACCAUCUGUAGAAGCUUACCCAGCGUAUACUGAACCUGCACCCAUGGUGGAUCAGUCAGUACCCCAGAUAUACCCUGACAUGGGGAGAAAUGAUGUCCGGCAAGUUCCUCUGGAUACAUCAGCAAAUGGUUCUUUCCAAAAUGCAGAGCCUCCACCUCCUUCCCACGGGACAGUGUAUUACCCAAUUGUGCCAGAUCCAUAUGGCCAGCCACCUCUACCUGGGUUCGACUCUUGCGUGUCUAUAGUACCUACCUAUCAUUAUGUUAGUCCUUGGCAUCCAGUAAAUCCAUCAUAUAAUAAUUCUCCACGAAUUCGUAACACUGUAAAUCCUGGACAGUUGCAUCAAGUCGGCUAUAUUACCUCACCUAAUCCUGCACCUCAUUAUGUACCUCAAAGUAUGUAAUGCCAAGAGGCAUAGACCCCCCCCCCUUUGCAGUGAAGUUUUGUUUUCUCUAUGUAUGCUAGUAUUAUUUCAGCAGUGGACUUUAUAGUAAUUAAGCUGUUUUGUUGUUCGAUUUUUCUUUUUCCCCUUCCCUCCUUCUCCACCCUGUACUUGCAUUUUUCCUUUGAUUUAUGUUUGUAAACAUGUUGUCAAAUUGAAUAUUGUUUUAGUAGAUUAUAUAGGAAAGAAAUAAGACUAUAUACCUGCGCGUGUAUAUAUUCGUAACACCAGCGAAGAACAUGAGCCUUGCAUUCAACUCUGUCGAAUCAGUAUAUUAAUGGAAAGUACAUUGGCACUAAAGACGUACUACAUUUUCGCCUACCUGUUACACUUGAAGCUGGGGAAAGGUUGGGUCCAAGCUGAUUUGAGGGCAAUAAUUACUGUUGUAAUAGACUGCUUUUCUCAGGUCUUCCAAAACAAAACAACAGGCAAGUAUAUUCUUCAGUAGUAAUUGCUUAUUUGUAAUAGUUGUGCUUUCUCUCCUGUCUAAUCUCUUUCAUCAUAGUCUGUCUUUGAAGGUGGGAAAAUACUCUGCUUUGAUUGAGUCUGCUGUAUACUAUUGUAUUUGUGUGAGAUUUAGUUGGAGAAGUGAUGGCACAAUGGUGGUAGAACUGGUGUUUAUUGCACUGAUGACACUAAAUAAAAAAAAAAA